AUGAGAAGGAAGUGGCGUGGAAGAGGAACUUACGUUGGUGGCGUGAGUGAGAGAGCAGUCUCCGCAACGAAUGGAAAAAGGAGUGCGAGGAAGAAGGAGGGUCGAUCUGAAAUGGGGAUUGGAUGCGAAGGGAGGGUGAGGGAAGAGAGAGAGUUGAGUUUCUUGAGAGUUCCCUUUUCUCAAUCUCAGCGCCAAAGUGAGAAAAAAGCGGAAAAUUUGAUACGGAAGGAAUCUUUUAUUUCAGAACUUGAUGCCCAGCAUGGGAAGGUAAAUUUAUUUCAGAACUUGAUGCCCAGCGUGGGAAGCAUCACUUACUAUUUUCCAACUUACCAAUCUGUGUCUCCUAAUCCACCGGUGAACACUUGCAGACUGGUGAGAAAAGAAGGAGCAUAUACUGUGAGAUCAGGCCACUGCUCUGAGCUAGCUCGAGUUGCACCACGAGAACCUGUAAUCCAAGUCACGACAGCCAUGAUUUCCAAUUGCUCAGAAAGUCACCCUCUUAUCUCUGACAUCCACUUCUUCAAGAUUAUUCUGGAUGCUACUCUUCAACAAGGAAAACUUAAAGUUUUGCAGAUGAUUCCAAAAAAGUUCACUCAGAAACAUGGUGCUAAUUUGUCAAACCCAGUUUUUCUCAAGCUUCCAGAUGGCAUUGAAUGGGAAAUUUGUUGGACUAAAGAUCGUGCUGGUGAUGUUUGGUUUGAAAAGGGUUGGAAGGAAUUUGUUACUUAUUACUCGCUUGAUCACGGUCAUCUUGUAAUAUUCAAAUACCAACAAACAAGUAAAUUGGAGGUACACAUAUUCGAUGGAAGUGCCGUUGAAAUAAAUUAUCCCUCCAAAAGUACUCAAAACCACUCUGCUAAAGUUUUGUUCGAGGAAACUCCAAAAACAUCAAGUCCCAGACCUCCUAAAAAACAUAGGACACGCUCAAGUGAAGUUGUUGGACAAAACUCCAAUUUGCCUCAGCAUGUCCAAGUUAAAGUUGAUCAGUCUCAAGAGAACAGCCGUGGUGCCACCAAAUCUAAAACUCCCUCUUUUACGGUUGUCAUGAAGAAUUCCUACGUGAAAGGAUAUUUGCUGGUAAUUCCAUCAACAUUUGUAAAAAAGUAUUUCAAGGAAGAGGGAAAAUAUGAUACACUCCUCCAGGUCUUGGAUGGGAGAACUUGGCCUGUAAAAUUAAAGGAUGGCAAAUUUUGCACAGGAUGGAACAAUUUUGCAUCAAAUAAUCGUUUAAAUACUGGGGAUGUUUGUAUUUUUGAGCUAACCGAGAGCCAAAGCCUAUGUUUUAAAGUAUCAAUCAUUCGGAUUUCAGAAGAUAAUUGUUCAAGUUCACAAGUUAAAGGAGAUGGUGACCCUAUGAAUAUCCCAGAUUUCAAAUGUAUCACUGAUAUUCCCAUCAAAGGUAAAGAAUAA